GCCAGUACUUGUCCCCGAGCGGACGCAUGUUCCCGCUCAUUUGCGCCUUGACACCCUUGGGGAGACGUGCUCUCUGCCCAUCUUCACUAUGCUCAGCAGCUCGCGGUCACAUCGACCCCUCGCCGUGUAUGCGACUUCGCCGAUCCGAGCCUGAGUCUGCCGUGCAACGUCCAUCCAGUGCGACCUGAGCAACAGCCGCGCAGGACGCUCGUUGGACAAGGAGGGACAUAUCAAGAAGGACCGUGGCAGUUGUUCUCUGAUUUUGUGUCAGAGAAGUUGAUUGGUGCCAUUCUGGGUGCAUCAUCGCAACAAGAGCUAUUGUAUCUCGUGGUGCAGAGAACGGUCUGGUAAGCACCAAUGCACGCUAAACAGUGAAUCGUUGACGUGAUAACCUCGGGUAGUCCGAGGCACACCGUCCCACGUGAAGUAUGCAGGUUGUCCGGCUUUUUUUGGUCCAUGCGUUAUCUGUUACAGCCUCAGCUAUGAUUUACUGUAUAUACGCCCUCCGAAUACUUCGAUCCCGUCAACAACUCCAGCCACCUAGCGCUUCCUCUCUCAUCUGCAAGAUGUUGCUGAACAUUGAUUCCACCAUGGCCGACAAUGCCAGCCAACUGAGCAACGACUCCACUACCUCGACAACUUCGCCUCUUCGAUUCCUACUAACGAAGCUCCCUGCGUCCAUGAGAGUCGCAGGCGUGCUCAAGGAGGGCGAUCAGGCCCAGGCUAUGACGCUACGUCUGCUCGAAAAGACGCAAGACUUCAUGGAUAAACCGAUCCACAACUCUUUGCACGAGCGAUACGACGACCUUAGGAAAGAGAGACUCCAUAUGAAACGCGGGCUUGCAUGGCGCACAAAGAAAUGGAACAAGAUCGUGACGUACAGGGACAACACCGUGGAGCUGAGGCAUGCUACGGUGGUCUCUUCAGAGCUUGCGCGAAGCAUGGAGAUGUGGAAGAGGAAGGCCCAAACGUCUGCGCAAGGAUCUGGUCACUCAGAUCAAGAUUGGUCGCUCACUGGCACUUCACAGGAAGAUGCGCAGUCUCGUCGAUCCGCCCUAGACGAGAUUGCGUCCGAUCUUGGCAAUGCUCAAUCAAUGGAAACAGAAGACAGUGCAAGUGGCAACCCGCCUACCACGUCCUUAGCUGACGCCCCUGCUGCACCCGAGGCCGAAGAAUCAUCUGACCCUUCAACUGCACCUCAGGCUGAAGAAGAUGUCACAGGUCAAACGCUCUACGGUGCUUUUCAGGUGGACUCGCAGGGGCAGCUCAUCGGGGACACCGGGUCCGUCAUCUCGGAGAUCGAAUUGAAGGCUAUGGUCAAAAGCGGACAAGUGAAGAUUUCUGACAGGCUUGAUGACGAUAAUCCUUUUGGGGACGGUAAUGCAGUGGCCUCUGCUUGUAAUGUGCCUUGCCCAUCCUUGCUAGUACAAGAUUCCGACUUAUAAGCUGCAGCACGCAAGGGUCACUCAACCAUUAAAGGCUGACCUAUGUACGGCUUCAUGGUUGAGCACUGCGUUGUCUUGUAGCCUGCGGACGGACUGAGAUACUCGCGCGCGGGCGCGCUAUGCAUGUGUGACUCGUAAUGUACUUCUAAUUCUUGUCAAUAAUAGCUCUACACGGGCGUCGCUACGUUCAUUGUAAUCUUGAAAUAGUCGCUCCUUC